AUGUACACCUACGUCUCCUCUUACCAAAGGGCGUUCAAUGGCACACUGCCUCGUAACUCUGCCUAUGCCCUUACCACUAAUACAACUGAAUGGUACACCAAGAAAACCGACAAAAAACAAGAAGAAAAAGAGCAGCACGACGUACGGAAGGAGGGAGUGUUCACGCGGCGUAUGGGACGCGGGGGGACUGUUCGCACGCUGUACGGAAGGAACACUGUCUGCGUGGCGUACUUGGAAGGAAGGACUGUCUGCGCGGCGUACUUGGAAGGAACACUGUCUGCGCGGCGUACUUGGAAGGAACACUGUCUGCGCGGCGUACUUGGAAGGAACACUGUCUGCGCGGCGUACUUGGAAGGAACACUGUCUGCGCGGCGUACUUGGAAGGAACUGACUUGUGUCUGCGCGGCGUACUUGUGUCUGCGCGGCGUAAUGUCUGGACUGUCUGCGCGGCGUACUUGGAAGGAACACUGUCUGCGCGGCGUACUUGGAAGGAAGGACUGUCUGCGCGGCGUACUUGGAAGGAAGGACUGUCUGGAAAAAGGACUGUCUGCGUACUUGGAAGGAACACUUGUCUUGCGCGGCGUACUUGGAAAGGAAGGAACUGUCUGCGCGAAAUCCCUGUCCACCCCCGCACCUGUCGACGCGGCGCCUGACGAGGACCCCUGUCGCCGGACGUCUUGCGGCAGGGGGCGGGAGUGCGUGGUGCUGCCGGAGACCGGGCGUGGUGAGUGCGUGUGUCAGGAGCGCUGCCGGCCGUCCUUCGUCCCCGUGUGUGGAUCAGACGGGAGCUUUUAUGAGAACCACUGUGAGGUUUACCGCACGGCCUGUCUGCAGAGGAGGAGGAUCUACGCCGUGCACAGCAAAGACUGCUUCUUCACAGGAAACGCCUGCACCAUGUCUGAGUACAACCGUCUGAAGAGCCUGCUCCUGGACCUGCAGCCCCCCGCGCAGAGCUCACAGCAGGGGGCGCCCGUGAGCUCCAAGGAGAGCCAGAGGGACAUGGACCAGAAGAGGGCUCUGGUGGACGCCAUGUUCAAAUAUCUAGACGCGAACCAAGACGGGCGCCUGGUUAGCGGCGAGCUGGAGAAGAUCCGUGUGAAGGAGCACCUGGACGAGAGCCUUCUGGAGUGCACCAUGCAGGACCUGCUCCGCUACGACGACUACAACAACGACGGCCACCUCAGUCUGCACGAGUUCUACAUCGCCUUCCAGGUGGUCCAGCUGACGUUGCCGGAGGAUCAGCGAGUGAGCGUCUCCACGGUGACGGUGGGGCUGAGCGCGGUGCUGACUUGUGCCAUCCAGGGCACGCUGAGGCCCCCUAUCAUCUGGAGGAGGAACGGCAUCGUGCUCAACUUCCUGGACCUGGAGGACAUCAACGACUUUGGAGAUGACGGCUCUCUGUACAUCACCAAAGUCACCACCAUCCACAUGGGCAACUACAGCUGCCACGCCUACGGCUACGAGCAGCUGGCACAGACGCACGUGCUCCAGGUCAACGUCCCUCCGGUGAUCCUGGUGUAUCCGGAGACCCAGGCCCAGGAGCCGGGGGUGGGGGCCAGCCUGCACUGCUACGCCGAGGGCAUCCCGGAGCCCAAACUCACCUGGCUCAAGAACGGACUGGACCUGCAGCCGCGCUCCUCCAAACAGCUCUCCCUCAUCGCCAAUGGGAGCGAGCUGCUGAUCGGGAGCGUGCGUUACGAGGACACCGGAGCGUACACCUGCAUCGCCAAGAACGAAGUGGGCGUCGACGAAGACAUCUCGUCCCUGUUUGUGGAGGACUCAGCCAAGAAGACCCUUGCAAACAUCUUAUGGAGAGAAGAAGGCCUGAGCGUUGGAAACAUGUUUUACAUUUUCUCCGAAGAGGGAAUCACGGUGUUGCAGCCGAGCGAGUGUGAGAUCCGCCGACAGAUGAAGAGGACGGACCGGAUCGUGGCCACUUACGAGGAGAUCUGUCCCCAGGGUUCCUCCUCUCAGCCGGAGCCGUGUGUGUGGGCGUCUGUGGUGAACGUCCGCGAUAAGUACAUCUAUGUGUCGCAGCCCACUCUGAGCCGGCUGCUGCUCCUGGACCUGCAGGCACAGAAGGUGGUGCAGGUGGUGGCCACGGACCCGUUCCCGGUGAAGCUGCAGUACGAUAAGUCACAUGACCAGGUGUGGGUGCUGACUUGGGGCAGCGCGGACAGGACACGCCCCUCUCUGCAGGUGAUUCCUCAGGCCAGUGUGGGGGAGGUGCACCACGCCGUCCGCACCACCUUCCAACGAGUCAACGACAUCUUCAUCCCUCCCACCAACCUCAUCAUCACCCACGUCAGGUUUGCCUUCCUCUUCCUGAAGAACGAACCGGCCGUGCACAAAAUCGACUUGGAGACGUUCCACCGAGUGAAAACCAUCAGCCUGAAAAACUACAGCUGCAUCCCCCAGAGCAUGGCCUACACCCACAUGAGCGGCUUCUACUUCAUCCAGUGUCAGAACCUCCACAAGACUUUCAAAACCCCGCCCCCUCAGCUCCUCGUCGACAGCGUUACGGACACUGUCAUCGGACCCAACCUCAACCUCUCGGGCCCGGCUUUCGUCUCGCCUGAUGGCCGCUUCAUCAUAACGCCGCAAACGCAGAAUUCUAAACUAACCGUCCAAACUGUUUCGUUCCAAGGAGAGCUGCAGCUGAACCAGGAAUUACACAACGCUUUGGCGAUUUCCGAUUUAGUUUUCCAGCCUUCGUUCACGGAGUCCAACCAGCAUCUAGUGGUGGCGACGUCAGGUACGGGAACGGAUUUGCUGUUUGGAGAUCUUUCGUCGGGAAGAGUAGAGGUGUUAAAAAGUCUAAAACAUCCGAUACCGCUCGAGGACUGGCCGUGGGGCGGGCCGAAUCGCGUCGUCGUUUCGAGCGGACCGUUUGGACAAUACCUGGUCACGCCUUCUUCGGAAUCGCUUUUCGUUCUCAAUGGGAAGCAAAGAACGCCGCACUGCGAAGUUUCGGACAUUAAAAGAGGGAACACAGUAGUUUGGGUCGGAGAGGUAUGA